AUGGCUGAUAAAAUAUGUAAGGCAUGUAAUGACACAAUCAUUGAUAGAGAGUUUUUGAUUUGUUCCAACUGCGAUGAGUACUAUCAUUUGAAGUGUACAUACAUUUCACCGAAAUUAUAUUAUUUAAAAAGUCCAAAUAAAAGAAGACAAUUCCAGUGUAAGUCAUGUGUAAAAAAAUUACAAGAUAAUGACUGUGUGCUAAACCAGUCCUCACCUUUAACUGAGAGCUUAGAAACGGCUACCAGAAAUGUUACUACACGUAAGAAAAUAUUUACAAAUAAAGAAGCCUCUAAUUCAUUUGGCUCCUUAUCUGUCGAUGAGAACCUUGAAUACUCUUCUUUAACAUCAUCUCCAACACAUGUGGACAUAGGUGGAAGUGAUCUGAUUGAUAAAAAUACCAAAGAUUGUAUAAGCAAAUUAAAUGAAAAAUUAUGUGAACUACAAAGAAAACUUGAUAAUGCAGACAAGGAGAUUGAAGACUUGAUAUCAGAAAACUAUAUAUUAAAAAAGAAAUAG